UGUACGAUUUGUACACAUACAUAUAUUAUAUAAAUAGCUGCCCAUGGCUCUGCAGCAUUAUAAAAAGAGCGAAGAUGCCUAAAUACAUUAAUUUCUAAUUUUACGCACGCACACACUCACACACAAAGAUAUUGCUGAAUAGAGUGUGCCUGCUGGCUCUUUUUUUUUCUGAUUUAAUGGCGCAAUUAAAAAACGAUGACGCAGACCUUCGCGACCGCGACUUGGGGAUUCGCUUGCUAUACAGCAAUUCAGCUAGCCAGCUGCCCACUUAGUCGUUCUGUCCAGUUCAGUCAUUGACCAGCCAUACAGUCUAACAGGCAGUCGGCCUCUGGUCAGCUAUCUAGUAUGCUUAUCCAUUCAGCUCUAUAUUCAGCGAGUUAGUUAGGCAACUAGCUACUUAAUCAUUCAGAGGGCCGAACAAUUCAGCUAUAAGCACUCAGUAUUUCUUUUAGACAUUCAAUCAGCCAACUAGCUUGGAAAGCUUAUUAGCUCUCAAUUCAUUCAGCUUUUCAGCAAUUCAGCCAGUCUUUCAAUAGUUCAGUUCGCUUAAUAAUUUUGCUAAUCUAUCAGCUAAUUUCACAGAAAUUCAGCAAAUUCAGUCAUUCAGUAAUUCAGCCAAUUUUACAGCAUUUUAGCCAUUCUCAGCAAUUAAGCUAGUCUAUCAGCAAUUUAUCCAUUUUAUCAGUAAUUAAACAGUCUCUCAAUAAUUCCGCCAAUUUUUUCAUAAUUCAGUUACUCUUUCAGUACUUCGAGAGUCUGCUAGUAAUUCAGCUACUCUCCCAGUCAUUCAGCAAGACUCAGUAGACCUUUAGUUACCCUUACAGUCAGUCAGCUUUCAGCUAGCCGCCUAGACCAGUAAAUCUGCAAGUCAUGCAGCCAGCCAUUCACCCAGCUAUUCAGCCAGACACACAGCAAACCAGCCAUUCAGCUACACAUCAUGCCAGUCAGCUAUUUGGCUAGCCCUUCGUCCACUGAACUAGUUAGACAAUCAGCCAGGCAGCCUGCCAGCUAGCCAAGUAGCGCCUGCUGCAGGUGGCCAUGCACUGUUUGGCUUUCACGAUACGGUUGCUAUAUAUGUAUAUAUACAUACAUAUGUUAUAUAUGUAAAUUUAUUUAUAUACCCCUGCCUAAUGUACACACAUACAUAUGUCUUCGCUCGCGUGCGUGCGUGUGUGUGUGUGUAUGGCUCUCUUCCUAGCACGCCCGCAAUUAUGUUUAUGUUGCGAGCCGUAGAAAACUUUGUGCGCUCGCAAAUCAACGCCGGCGGGCUAAAGCUAAAUCUAAAGCGAACAAUGGCAGAGCUCCUUUUGUUUUUGUUUUUUUUGGGGCAACCACUGGCGAUGGCAUUGCCUUUACUCUUGCCUCUAUGUAGUCGCAGUCAGUCAGUCUGUGGCAGUGCCUGUGCCUCGAAGCAGCAGCACCAGCAACAGCAGCAGCAGCAACAGCCGCCGCAGCAGUCGCGAGAUAUUUCGACGGUUUCGCUUCGAUUUAAAUUGUGUUGUUGUUCGCUGAAACCCAAAAAUAUAUUUAUUUAUUUUAAUUUCUAAAAGACGCGUAAAAAGAAAAAGCAAGAAAAUCACAAAUUUCGUUCGUCAAUAUAAACAAAAUCUGAAGCAAUAAAAAGAAACGCAUUCGCAUUCAAACCGCCGUCAACUAUAAAAAUUCAGUUGCAAGUUCGAAAGUUUUAAUGGAACGUGCCCUGUCCCAUGUGCGUGUGGAUUUCCCAUUGGUAUCGCCCGGUGACGCCCGCAAACAUUUGCUGAGCCCGUAGGACAGACGCGCUCCGCCGGACGUUCAGAGCUCAGACAACAAAGAUGAAGCGCGAUAUAUCCACCUCGACAAUUGGUCGGGAUGAGGCCAGACGUCCCUUGAUGGAGGCCUAUAUGUUUCAGCGCCGUGUGCUGCUCGGCUGCAGCCUGCUGAUGGUCGUUUCGCUAGUUGUGUGGAUAGUGGCGAUAGCAACAGAUCAUUGGAUCAUCAUAUCAGGGAAAGAAGGCAUUUUCAUACCCGAAUCGCGCCGCUUCUUCAUCAACUCGCAUUCGGGAUUGUGGCGCCACUGCCGUAAUACGAUUGUGCCGAACGCGCUGAGCAAUGCGCAGGUGGUGCGAAACUUUAGCUCCAUGUCGUACACCUCGCAGUCGUAUAUCAAUGAUGCCAAACGCAACUUGAGUCACAUGGAGUUCAUUCGAAACUUCGCUCAGGACAAACUGGAUGGCUCGGACAACUUUACGGAGCCGGCGCGUCGGCGCAUGUUCGCCCAUUGGGCGCGAGGGGAGGAGGAGGAGUUCCAAAUGUUUCGCAGCGCUUUCCACAAGCUGGUCAUGUCGACGGAAGCGAAUCAGCAUGAAUUCAAUGCGACUAGCCUGAAGCCCAUUCCCAUCGAUCCGCUGGAUGUGAAUGGGAUAAUCAAGCGCCGCACCUUCGGCUCGGCGCUGCAGCGUGUUAAAUACAACAACACCUGGUCCUACUAUGUGAUACCGGAGAUGGCACAGCAGGCCAUAUUCAGCAAUUGGACGGAUUAUCCAUUGGUGGUUCGACUGCUGGGCACUUACAUCAGGGACAUUGGUAUACCCGCCUUUGUGUUAAACGACGAGCGCGUGAUUUUACUUUUGGUGCCGCCGUUGCCACCAAAGAAGGCCGGGCAGACCGCCUACUACAGCUAUAUACCCUACUCGCGUUGCAAAUACAUCGACAUGUUUCCCAAUUCAAAUACCCUACGCAGUGAGCCCGGCUUCGAUGAUGAAUUAAUGGUGUCUUGGUACGCCAUUGCAGAUUACAUACGUACGCAAGCUUCCUUUGCCUGCAUCACGUUGUUCGUGAUGAGUCUGGGCGCGGUCUUCUCCUUCUAUACGUUUAUGAAUCCGCGUUACAUGUUCAAGCGUUUGGCAGGUGGCAUACACCUAGUGGCGGCAUCCACAGCGCUUGUAGUCCUGCAGGUGCUGUUCUCUUCAAUCGACUACACAAAGGAUAAUUUGUUCUAUGCCUAUCCGGAUGGUGCGGAAUUGACCUAUGGCUAUGGCGUUUACCUGGCCUGGUUUACGUUCGUAGUUAAUAUUUUAUGCGGUGUCAUGUUCCUCUGGUAUUCAGGUAAGAAGAAAGGCGCCAAGGCGCCCAAUGAUGAAGUUGCCAUGGCCGAUGAGCCAACCAUAAUGGGCAGAUAGCUUCCACAGCCACACUCAACAAUAAAAAACCAAAGACCAAAGCAAUUCAAUACCAAUAUCUGGAUUGGUAUUUUGCCUUACACUUUUGUUACUUGUUAUAUUCUUAAUAAUAAUACACACAUGUAUAAAUUGAGUUAUUCAUUAAUAAUGAUUUGAAGAACUCUGCGUAAUAAAGAAAUCACACGUUUACCUGUAAUAUAA